AUGAUCUUUAACUACCAGUAUUUGCACUUGUAUACAUUUAUUUUAGUAACAAUUUUUUUAUCAUCAUCAACUGCUACAUAUUGUAAUAAUUUAACAUCAAUUGAUGAUAAAGAUACACCAUGUUUUCUUGAAAUAUCAACACAGAAUCCAAUUCGUUUACGUUCAUCUAGUAAUAGUUUAAUUUUACCUUGUCAUGUUGCUCAUUCAAAACAUUCAAUUAUUGAAUGGUGGUAUCAAGAUUUUCAAAACUCAAGUAAUAUAAAAAUUUAUCCUGUAUAUACUAUUGUACGUCCAACAGUUGUUCGCUUUAUAACAAGUGCUGUAUCAUAUUUAACAAAUUCUAAUGAAACAGAUAUAGCUGAUGUAUCAAUUUUAUUACGAUAUGUAAAUAUUGAUGAUAGUGGAAUUUAUCAAUGUAUUAUUCGCCCACGAUCAUCAAAUCAUAAGAAUAAUAAUGAAGAUAAUCGUUUGGAAGAAAAUGCAAAUUUACGAGCACUUAGUUAUCAUGUUAAAUUAACUGCUCCUAGACUUUGUCAAAUAAGUUUAAGUCAAUUACCAUGUUUUACAAAUAUGCAUACAACGUCACCAACAAUCAUUGAUGCUUAUCAAACAGCAUUUCUUCAAUGUGUUAUACAUAGUUAUAAUCGUCCAGUUAAUGUAUUUUGGAUUGUUGGUAAUGCAUCAAUAGACAAUAUUCUUAUUAAUGAUUAUCUUUCAAAGAACCAAUAUAAUGGUGAUCAACUACGUCGGAUAUUCCCUCUUUCAUUAUUUGAUUAUUCUAUUGAACUAACAAUCAAUAGUAAUAUACAUGAACGCGUAUAUUCAUGUGUUAUUGAUGGAGCUACCGAUGCUGAAUCAACACUUUUUACUUAUAUUAUUCAUUCUCUUGAUCUUCAAGGCAUCUCGGAGCAAAUAAUAAAAGUUCCUGAAAAUGAAACAAUAAUAACAAAGCAAUUAGAAACAACAACAACAUCAAUAAAUUCUGAUAAAAUUAUUGCACAUGAUGAUUUAAUUUCUCAAGAAGUUGAGGAUUUACGUGAAAAGACUUCAAAUGAAAAUACUGAAACAAAAGAUAAAAAAUUCAAUGGUAAUAAUCUACUAGAACCUUAUAAAUGA